AUGGCGUCGAGGUUACACGUCUCGACGCCGUGGAUCAUGGCGUCGAGCUUCCUGGCCGAGCCCAGCGUGGCGAUUACGUGGCGGCUUAUGUGGCAGAAAAAAAAAGAGGUCGACGUCGCGGAUCACGGCGUCGAGGUAAGAAAACAAAACCUCCCGCCCGCGUCCCCUUCCAGUCACAGUGCCGUCUCACCCGCGGCCGCCGCAGCCAGCGACCGUGCCCGCGCCCGCGCCUGCGGCCGCCGGAGCCGCCUCCCGUGCCGCGUCCUUCCUGCUCCUCCCCCUCCCCGCGGCCGCCGCAGCCCCCGCCCGCCCCGCCGCUGCAAAGUGCCGCCCCGCCGCUGCUCCUCCCCGCCGCUGCGCCUGCCCGAGCUGCACAAGCAAAGUGCCGCUGCGCGCGGAGCUGCGCAGGAGGCCGCCACCGUCGCUAUCCUCGCCACGGCCGCGCCCUGCUCAGCGCUUCGGUCAGCUCCCCCCUCUCCCUCCCGCUCCCGAUCCCAAUCCCGCUCCAAGUCCCCUCGCUCCAACGCCCGCCCUAGCGUCGCCGCAUUCGAUUCCGACGCCGACGCCCGCGCCCCGUCCCCGAGGCGCGCCAACCGCGAGCGUUCCCCACGCGACCACCUCGACUCCGACGCGGACGCCGGCACCGGCCGCCGCGCCCCUUCCCCGAGGCGUCGCGGCGAACGUUCCCCAAGCUUCCACUCCGACUCCGACUCAGACGCUGACGCCGCCGGCCGCUCUCCGUCCCCGAGGCGCAAACGCGAGCGCACCCCUAGCCUCCGCUCCGACUCCGACUCCGACAACUCCGCCGCGGCCGCCACCUCUGAUGACGAUGGCGGUGGCGCCGACGACGCCUCGCCUUUGCCUAGCGCGCGCCGCUCCUUCCGCAUCGAGACCUCCCUGCGUCCAUUCAGGACACGGGCAAGUUACACGACGCAGCAGCAGGCGCAGGCCCAGCUGCAGCACCACCAGCCGCAGCUCGGGACUGUGCCCCACCUCCUCGCCGGCGGCGUCGCCGGCGCAGUCAGCAAGACCUGCACCGCCCCGCUCGCACGCCUGACCAUCCUCUUCCAGGUACAAGGAAUGCACUCAGAUGUGGCUACAAUGCGCAAUACUAGCAUAUGGCGUGAAGCAUCCCGCAUUGUCUAUGAAGAAGGUUUUCGGGCUUUCUGGAAAGGAAACCUUGUUACCAUUGCCCACCGGUUGCCUUACUCUUCAAUUAGUUUCUAUGCCUACGAGAGAUACAAGAAUUUGCUUCAGAUGCUACCAGGUCUUGAGAAGAAUGGUGGAUUCGGUGCUGACGUUGGUGUUAGAUUGCUAGGUGGUGGUUUAUCAGGAAUCACUGCAGCUUCGAUGACUUAUCCAUUGGACUUGGUGCGAACACGUCUUGCUGCUCAGGUGUUGAAAAUAUGGCCGAUGCAAAGGACCUGGGAAUUGCAUGGCCAUACAAUUGGCUGAAGCUUUGCAAGACAUCAAAAUCAUGCCAUGAUACAUGUGGGAGGUAAUAGCUUGAGGUGGCCAUGUAGGAAGCAUUUGGCUGGAAGUGUGCAUGACUAAUUGACUAGUGCAUUAUUUUGUACAUCCUAACUAGAGAUGAAUGCUUUUGUUAAGACUUAAGUUAUGAAUCAUUUUGUAAUGAGUGCAAGCAAACCAUGAGAUGUGAGCUGUGCAACUAGUUCAAGCAUCUGAGCUAUGCAUAUAUCUUGAUGGCCAAACUGUUUGCCAUGUAACUUAUUUGUGCAAGUUGUGGAAAAUAACACAAGACAAAUAUUUAUGGAUAUAAUAUAAUUGUGAGCUAUGAUGAACUUUAUUGU